AUGAGCAGUGGUCAGUACCAGCGUACAGUCCGCGAGUUACUUAUGUUCAAGAGGUACCGCAUUGAACUGUACGGCCUGGAAUCGGACCAGUGGGCAGUAAAAGCGAAGGGAACAAUAGGAAAUCUCGGUGAUUUUGAAGAAAUCAUUGGUGAGGUGAAUGGUGGUGGAAAUGUGAUAAUGGCAGUAAAGAUUGCACAUGGCGAGGAUAAUAAAGUUAGCGUAUCCUUCAUGGACAUGCUUGAUUUUCGGGUUCUGACGUCAGAGUUCAUUGACUCACCAAUGUUUGCUCAAGUAGAGCACUGUAUUGUCGGUAUAGGCCCGAGAGAGUGUCUGGUUUAUGGAGACGAGGGUGAAUGCCCGUUCACUGGUAAAGAUCGACCAAAGAAGCUGAGCGCUCUCCUUCGAAAAGUGGGUGUUCUUGAAACAAAUGGAGUCAAUAUAACCAACACAGCAGAUUGGGAAGAAGUGCAAAACAUAUUCCGUCCAGGAUGUGAAGUUUCUUCACUUUCCGACAAUCUGAAACGAUGCCUUUGUGGUCUGUUUUCUUAUCUCAAGAUGGACGAGCAGGAAGCUUACACGCACAAAUUCACCCUGUCGACUUAUCGCACCUCAGGAUUUAUGCAUAUCGACGCGGGCGCCGUGCGUGCGCUGGAAUUGUUUGCUCUAAAUUAUCACCAGGAUGCUAAAGGCACAGCCGGUACUGUAUAUGGCUUACUGAACAAAUGUCGCACAGCUCCUGGCCAGCGAUUGCUAAGGGAAUGGCUUGCACGCCCUCUUUGCGAAUUGCGACAGAUCACAGAGCGUCAAGAUGCCAUCGAGUCUCUUAUUCUCAAUCCUGACGCUCGUCGGACGUUGAGUGAUAUGUUGCUUCCAAAAGUCCCGGACAGCAGUCAGCUUGCAAGGAAAUUGGUCCUAAGCAAGGCCAAAUUGCAGGAUUGUUAUCGCGUUUACCAAUUGGCCAUGUUACUACGACACUUCGAAACCACUUUGCGCGACCUCUUUGAUAACGACGAGAAAAAUGCUCCAGCUAUCAAGGAUCUCAUGCUAGAGCCUAUAUGCUACGGAUUAUUGCAGUUUGACAAGUAUUGCCAGCUGAUUCGCAGUACAGUAGACGAUGACUACUAUAAGAAAACUGGAGAUUUCCGAAUCCGCCCUGACAUCGAUCCUGAACUAUUGCGGAUUAGUGAAGAGAUGGCUGAUCUGGAAAAGCAAGCCGAAAAAGCUAGAGCUCAGAUAGCGUCGCGCCUGGACAUUGAUUCCGUGAAGCUGGAUUGCGCUCCUCAGCAAGGCUUCUUGUUUCGAGUCACGCUAAAGGAAGAGAAAAAUCUGCGAUCAUGCAAGUCCAUCUCUAUAGUUGACACAACCAAAGCCGGAGGUGUGCGAUUCAAGAACGAUGAUUUGGACGAAAUCAAUGAACGCUAUCAAGUUUUAAACGACAUAUAUCGGACUGCACAGCAAGAUCUAGAGAAAAAAGUAGUUGGAACGUGUGCUGGCUACGCUCCUGCUCUUAGUGGAUUGAGCAGCGCGCUGGCUACAAUAGAUGUCGUAACAAGUCUGGCUCGUGUUGUAGCUGAUUCAGCCGGGGAAUACGUCAGACCAAAACUGGAACCCAUGGGGAGCGGAAUUUUUGAGCUACGAAAAUGUCGUCAUCCUGUACUAGAGGCAUUGACUGAUGAGCAUUUCAUCCCAAAUGACAUUGAUCUUGGGUCUAAUCGAAUGAUUAUAUUAACUGGCGCGAAUAUGGGUGGAAAAAGUACCUAUCUCCGAUCUGCGGCUAUUUCAGCGUUACUGGCACAAAUCGGGUGUUUUGUUCCCGCUUCGUAUGCUCGCCUUUCCGUACUCGAUGGGAUUUUCACGCGUGUUGGAGCUAGUGAUCAGCAGACGAGAGGCAUAUCCACCUUCAUGGCCGAAAUGCUUGAUAGCGCCACGAUUUUGGAGACUGCUACCUCAAAUUCACUGGUUAUUGUCGACGAACUGGGUCGUGGAACUUCAACGUAUGAUGGGUUUGGACUAGCCUGGGCCAUCGCCAAUGAUCUCUUGAAUAGAGUGCGCUGCUUCUGUCUAUUUGCUACGCAUUUUCACGAAAUGGGAGCUCUAGCUAACCAACCAGGCGCUGCAGCAAUGCAGAUGUCUGUGGCAGUACAAGAUGGACAGUUGACCAUGUUGUACGAAGUGCGGCCUGGGAGUGGCUCAGAGCUCGUUUCGGAAUUCAUGUCUCACGGACUGUCGGCUUCCCCUGAACACAUCGUUGAGGAAGCGUCGCGGAUUUUGGAAGAGCUGGAGAAUCCAGCGAGUGAGGCAGACAUCGAUGAUCUCAUUACGAAAUUCAAAACCGCUGAUGAUGCUCAACUAAUGCAGCUAUUAGUUUAA